CCGGAGACUAGAAACUCCGAGGUUGGGGGACUGUUCUUUCAUUACCAAAAUUCAUCGUCUCCGAACAACUUUCAAUCUCUAGCUUCAUUUCUAGAAGUCUAUAUCUUAUCAAAAAUUAAAGGGAAAACCAGGAGUAAAAAAAAAAAAAAAAACCGAAAAGGAACGAGAAAAGGGGGCCUGGCAAGGAACAAAGGAGCAGCCGGAAGUGCCGCCACUCGCGGGAAUCAGCCACCACCACCUUUUAAGGAGGAAUUGAGCUAGUCUGACGGGCAUCGUAGAUCAUCAUGGCUAGGGACAGAAAGAGCAAGGAGGAGGAGGAGAUUGUUGCUAAGAGGAAAGAUAAACGCAAAAGAACAAGUUGGUCUUCAUCCCCGGAUGCACACCAUCGACAAGGAGAUGAAUUGAAAAAACACAAAAAGCACGCAAGUUCAGGAGGUGAAGAAGAAGCAUCCAAGAGGAGGAGGAGGGAAAAGAAAGAGAAGUCUAAAAAGUCCAAGCGCCACCACAAGUCUCAUCAUCCUAAAUCCUCAAAGCCCCGCCAUUCUUCUCAUGCUAAAGAGAAGAAGUCUGGUGAUAAGCAUGCAGAUACAAGACACAAGCAUGCGAAAUUUAAGCAUCAAGAACUCUCCAGCGAUGAUUACUUUUCCAAGAAUAAUGAAUUUGCUGCCUGGCUGAAGGAAGAAAAACAUUUGUUUUUCUCUGAUCUUUCAUCAGAGUCCGCCCGAGAUCUAUUUUCGGAGUUUGUGGUACGAUGGAACGACUCUGAGCUAGAGCCUCGUUACUAUGAAGGCAUUGCAACUGGUCCUCGGACAUCCCAUAAGUGGAAUAUUAAGAAGUAGAGAAAUAUUACAUUGUAGGAUUACUUUUUCUAAUUUCUCUACUGUUCCAGUGAAAACCUGAGGAAAACAUCUCUCUCUCCGGGAACAGUCUCCAGAGACAGAGACGUGGCUAGUUUAUAUCAUCCAUCCUUUUUUUCAUUUCUAGAAUUAG